AUGGAGCUUUUGUUACAGUAUAAUGGAGUCCAUGGUUAUCACAAUCGUUACUCAAUCGAAGUGUUAUAUUACGGAAAUGAUAUGAAUAUCUUUGAAUUGGAGGCACUUCGACCUCGACAAUAUACGGGGUUAUUCCUAAUAAGAUGGCACUGGAAAGAGUCAGUUGACGUUCUUAGAGAAGUUACUUUAGGAAUCGUCGAUGUUUUGAGCGAUACAUGGAAAAACUCAGCCUUCAGUUCCGAAUUUGCGGAAUCAAUCAGUGAAGGCACCUACGUAUCGAAUGUUAUAGUGCCAGCAAUUCGGGCAUCGCUAAAAAACGUCCCGUUGGAAAAGUCUUCUUUUGUUAGCACUUCCGAGCGACAAAGUAGCGCAAGUGCAGAUAGGAAAGGGAAAGGCCGAUUGGGGAGGCGGCCUGAUAUAAUGUUCGUGAUUAAAUUGGAUGACAGACUUUUCGAGCUUAUGUACGCCGAAUGUUUACGUUUAAUCUGCACUAAGACGAAAGAAAUCGAUGAGGUUAAAUUGUGGCGCGAGUGCAAUGACGGGAUGUACUACGUGCGCUAG